AUGUUUGAAUUCCCAAAGAUACACUCAUUCCCGCCAUUUUACACCAAGCAACGAAAUGCUACGAUCUUAGAAAACCAGCUUGAGGCCUGGGGUGCCCUUAUUCUCGAUUACUGCGAGCAUUUCCGCAUCUUCUCCAUUCUGGAUAGUGGAACAGUUUUGGUGCAACAACAGCCUCAGGAGUUGCCGCCGCUUUUCGAAAACAAACUGAUUGAGCGAGCUGUGCUGGACGAGUUUAGAAAGGAGAUCUUUGCUCAUUUGGUGUCGAAACUCGGACGAGCAGCGUAUGUGGAUCCGAAAAAGCGGGAUGCGGGCAUUUUGCUCUUUUGGCGGACCCCAGCGGAGUGGGCGGCGCUUAUACGCGAGCACGUAGAAAGCACUGGCCAGCUUGGAACAGUGUUGACAGUGUACGAAUUGACAAAGCUGGAGGAAACUGACCCGCUUCUCCGAAAUAUCGACUAUAACCUCUUUGUGCGGGCAAUUGAUGUCUUGAUGAAACAGGGGAAGGCGCAGGUUCUCAAGGCCGAGGACGGCUCGAGCCAGAUUGGCGGUGUGAAGAUUAUAUGA